CGAAUGCAGAGAGAAAGAAGUAGAUUAUUCGGACGAUUAGGAAUUGAACCGCGGCUAGUGUACCUUGGAGGAUCUGUACGAAAUAUAUAUGUUAGUAUACUUGACGUCUGACUGAUAUAUAAUGACUCUCACCUUGAUACUGUCGAAAGAGAUACGUUUUUUUACUUCUCCAGCGGUAGCCUUGGAUGGCGACAAGGGAUACAAAGAAAACGGCCACUAUGGUGUAUUCUACUACUUUAUUAUAUGUCAUAUUUGUAAUUGUUAUGCUCCUGUGUUGCCAUCGUGUAAUUUUAAGGUCGUGGACUUGGUGCGCAACUAAAAGGAAAUUUAUGGCAACCACUGCAAGACUAUAUGUAUCCAG